AUGAAUUACUUACAUCAUUCGCGCAGGUUGAUCGAUAGUUGGCUGCGCCGAUCGGAAUUUCGUGCGAUUCCAACCAAUAGCGAAGCAGAGUUUCGGUCCCGUUUCACUUCACUACUGUCAUGUCAAAUCAACAUUCCGAGUUUCCGAUAUUCCAAAGGCCGGUCUCCUCCCUUUCGGUGUACUUUGUUGUCGCUCGCCGCACCUAAAUUAAACAAAAUGCUGUUUGCCGCCAGACUGAUCGCCCCUGCAGCCAGGUCUGCCAUUUUCAGCAACACAGCUCUUGUCAGGCCACUGGCAGCAGUCCCCUCACAGACACAGAUUGUGGCUGCUUCUCCCUCCCAGCAGCUGUCAGCAGUGCGUUCCUUCCAGACCACAUCCGUUACCAAGGACAUUGACUCUGCUGCCAAAUUCAUUGGUGCUGGUGCAGCGACAGUUGGAGUAGCUGGUUCCGGAGCGGGUAUCGGAACAGUGUUCGGUUCCUUGAUUAUCGGCUACGCCAGGAACCCCUCCCUGAAACAACAGCUGUUCUCAUAUGCCAUCUUGGGCUUCGCCCUGUCUGAGGCCAUGGGUCUCUUCUGUCUUAUGAUGGCCUUCCUGCUGCUGUUCGCCUUCUAA